AUGUCAACUUCCAAAGUAUUUUAUGUGACGUUUGAAAGUGGUCAAGUGUGGAACCCAUUCCUUAUUCUGAACAACCCAUCCGGAAAUACCAAGACGAAGACAAUUUUUUUGGAAGGCAAUGUUCGUGGUGGUUACACAGGACAACAUAUAAUAUCUGAUACAGUGAUGACAAGCACAUCCUGUCGACCCGAUAUGAGUUACUAUCCGUUUGAUCGUCAUAACUGUACUAUAAAACUUACAUCUCCGGAUUAUUUAAACGAACUGGUGUUGCUUCCGGUCAGUUUAAGUAAUCUGUCUACUAUUGAAGAUGUCUCACAGUGGAGAGUAAAUGGUUUCUAUACAUGUAAUGAAACCUCCUACAUAACGAGUACGAUCGCUUUUGGAGUCAUCUUUCAACGAAAACCUGAGUUCAUCAUUGUUAACCUUCUAACACCAAUUGUCCUCCUGUGCUUCAUUAACUUAGCAGUAUUCCUUCUACCCCCACAUUCCGGGGAGAGAGUGUCCUUCUCCGUCACCAUGUUUCUCUCGUUUUCUGUGUACAUGACGUUGAUAUCAGAGAAACUCCCUGUCACAAAUCCAGUGUCGAUCUUCACCCAGUACCUUAUCUGUAAUGUCACAUACAGUGCACUUAUUCUCUUCUUCACUACAAUUGGACUUAGAUUCCAUUUGGCAGAAAAUGAAGAGCGAAUCCCGAUGUGGCUUUCAAAAAUCACUUACCCUCGAAAACAUUUUGAAUCCAAGAAAAGGAAGAACAAAUUUGGAGAUGAUAUUAAUUCAAUUCCAUGUAAUAAUGAUGCAGUUAAGAGCGACGGAGCGAUGGAAUUAAAGGAUGAAGAAACAAUUACCUUGACUACGGUAACGAAAAGGGAGUUUGGUGUGUUGAUGGACCGAGUAUUCCUGGUGUCGUUCUUUGUGCUACUUGUGACUGCUAACGUGGUCUAUGCUGUAUAUGUUAGUUCAUCUUAA